AUGCCUCGUAGCAGCUUGAAGAAGAGCGAUAGCCCUAUCCGUCCGAAGCAUGUCACUACAAUCGGUUCUACAAUGACUCCGGAUCGAACGCCGAGUGCUCGACAGUUACUUCAAAAGCUGGAGAAGCAAGAAGAGGAACAUCAGAAGCAGUUUCAAGAGAUGCGUUCAUUUUAUGAAGAGAAACUGAUUCGUUAUGAUGCGAUGCAAGUUCGUUAUAUGGCUGCUCGAGAGCAACAGGAGUCGUUGAUUAACCGAAUAAAGAAACUGGAAAAAGAUUUAGAUGCCAUAAAAGAUAAGAAAGAAAAAGCUGAAGCAGAAUUGAUGAAGGAGAAAUCUAACAGGCUUCAACAAAUGAACGAACAAUUCGCUGGUUUACAAAAAGAUCUGACGACGGCAAAUCAGUUGAUUCACAUAUGGGAAACAACAUCCGAUGAUCUUGAAAAGCGUGUUGAUUCGUUGACGCAUUUCGCUGAACGAAUACUGUCAGUCAAGAAGAAAACGCCGAAAGUGAAAGCGGAUUCCUCUAAGAAUCACCCUACAGGAACGGAUGUUGAUAUGAUAUCAAGUGACAGUUCAUCUUCAUCAUCAGAUAGCGAUACUGCAGAAACGGUUGUUAUUAUCGAUAAUGAAGAUGACAGCGAUGAAGAAAACAAAGAAAAUGAGCGUAAUGCUCAGAACGAUCAAUCGACUGAAGAAACUCAAAUUAAUUUGCUCCGGAAAAGAAAGAAAACAGUCGAGAAUAAACUCAAACAACUCACUUCGUUGAUCAAAAAUAUGCAAAAGAACAUGUCCGUUGCAAAAUCUCAACUGAAGAUGAAACUCUCCACUGUAGUUACUCUUCAGCAAGACAUUAAAAGAUUGCAAAUAGCAAAUAAUGCACUUAAAGAGAAAUGCGAGCAACUUGAAAAGGAUACAACGAAGAAAGGAGGCGAUGAAAUGAAAAAACUUGUUGAGCGAUUGCACGAUUUGGAAUCUAUUUCGCAGAAUGCCCUCAAAUCAGUCGAAUCAUCCGCCAGUGCACUUUCUCGGAUCGAUAAUCAAAGAAGUGAAUACAGACAAAUAUUCAAUACGUCAAUCGAAGAUAUCGAUCAGUUAUGUCUCAUCCUCAAAGAGUACUUGCAUAGCAAAAGUCAGUCAUCGACUGUUCACACCAAUGGUGACACUGAAAUGGAAACGGAGCACUGCACUGCUCUAACAAAUUCAACAACAUUGAAUGAGAUUCAGAAGGCUAGCGAACCAUCCGAUAUGUCAAACGCGAUAUCAUCACAGAAGCCGUCCAGUAGUUCAGGGGAUCCUUCGAGUCAAACAAAUAAAUCCUCGAUCGUUACUACUGAUCAGCAAACCACCACCAUAUCCGAGAGUGCAGAAGCGAUAAGCCCUAGUGAUGCGAUAGGUAAUAAUGCUCUUAAAGAAGAUAAGUUGAGCAAUAAAAGUUGCAUCAAUUCAUUAAAUCUGUCUGAUUGUAGCAUCUUAACACUCAGCAGAACGAGUUUCCUUGAAAUGGAGGAUUCCCCGGGAUCAGAUGCAUGCAAAACAUCUCAUCAAAUGGAGCAAACGACCACUUCAUCGGUGACAUCUGAAGGCGCACCACCAUCCAAAAUAACGCAAUCACAAUGGCUUUGUGCAAAGAGAACCACCAAUCUUCAUUAG